AUGAGAAAAACGUGGGAGGGUAUAAACAACCUGAUAAAUCACAAGAGAAAGAACCAUAAAACGAUCACAGCAUUAAGAUGCCCAAUUAAAAAGGAAAUGAUCAAGAAUCCCAAAGAUAUUCCUGACAUUCUAAACAAACAUUUUUCAACCAUUG